CUAAGACAUACUGGUCACCAAAUUUGUCUCUCCUCUAUACAUUUCUCUGCUGUUGCCCUGCUUUUAAAGGGCGUUCAUAUGAGGCCAGGUAAUAGGUGACCCCACCGCACGAGGCAGAUUCCCUUGAAAAAAAUGUUUGUCUUCUGUCACCAAGUGCACGAACUGCUAUUUUUCCCAAUAUUGUGAUUUGGCGUAAAACAAACACAAAUGACCUGCACGGAUUUAAACGUGUUAAGCAUCAGCGGCGGCUCGGUGCGCACAGGUGUCACUGACGCCUCUCCAUGUGACCUGCUGGAGUGAUACUCCCUCCAUUGUUCCGCACAAAGAGUGUUUCCACUUUCCAGCAUUAUGAUGUACAUGGUCACACACCAGCAAUUCCUCUGUAGCAGGGUGAAUGGUCCCAGCAGUCAGCCGGACGCACGAGUCGCGCGUUCACGCUUCCAGAGUUUUCACUGCUCGUCCUGCGCUUCUGUGGCAAGUCUGAUCGAGAUCGUGCUUUAUUGUGGCGUCUGUGUGUGUGUCUGUGUGUGUGUGUGUGUGUGUGUGUGUGUGUGUGUCUGUGUGUGUGUGUGUGUGUGUGUGUGUGUGUGUGUGUGCGUGCGUGCGAGUGCCUCUUUAAGUUAAAGGUGAAGUGACUUUACGCUCAAAUCUUCUCCAUCCAAAGCGUCUCCACUGGAUUACUUGGAGGUGAGAAGGCUGCCAUGGCAGAGGAGAGCCCUCGGGAUUUCUUUCCAGAGAUGAGGGAGGUGGAAAACAAGGUCGGGAGGAGAACACCUGAGAGUCUUCUGAUGUGGAUGAGGGAGGCAGCGGACUGUGGAGACGGCUGCAGGUGUGAUGAGGAGGACAAUGGAGACCACAGCUCUGCCUUCAGUGGAAGCUUCUCUGACAGGAUCAGCUGUUUGAAACAAGAGAUGAGAAGGCUUCGCUCUGCGGAUGUGAGGAUUCUGCGGCAGCUGCUGGCCGUGCACGAGGGUAUCGAGGCCAUGCGUUGGCUGAUGGAGGAGCGGGGAUCCCUGGUCAGUGGCGGCGGCAGCUUGACAGGAAGCCUGAGCAGCCUGGUCACUAUAGAGGAGCACGGGCCCUCUGGGACGCCCUGCAGGGAUAGCCAGAGUCCGACCUUCCCUCAAGAUUUGACGGAAACAUCAGGUGAGGACUCUGCAGGUCAUCGAUCACCACAUGAUGAUGGUGAUUCAUUCCACAAGAGCUACUUGGAUGUUCAGAGCCCCGAGUCUGGAGCAGCGAGAUCUCCAAGUCCUUCCAACUCUGAGUUUGAACCCAACCCUGCCAACGGUUUGGUCAAUGCCAGUUUACAAAAGUCACAAACACAGGAGGUGGAAGCAGGCCAAUACUCCACAGCUGAAGCUGGUACCAUCAAGAGAGCUCUGCUCAGAUCUAGAAAAGCAAGAAAAGAAGUGAAAGCAGAUAUUAGUGGUUUGACCCAAGAGUCCGAGGACAUUCCGACAGAGCGUGGUCCGCCUCAGGAGAGUUUCAGAGCCUCUCAGAAUGAAGUGAUGGAGGAGCAAGAGAGUGCAUCACCUGCGGAGACUUUCCUGCUGGGGUAUGACGCUCAGUGGUGCUGGGUGGAGUCGCAGGAUGAUGUGACGUUUUUAUGAUUAUCUGUAAGUGAAGCUGUUGCACCUCAGCAGAUACUGAAGCUGCCAGUUAAUGCAGUGGGACUUAAAAUGCAUGGUGACGCUCAGUGUGCCUUGAUAAACAAGAGGCAUUCGCUAAAAAAUGAAUAGUGCAAACUCUAUCAUUGAUAUUUUUCAAAUGUAAUCUGUUUAAUUCUGUUUUUGCUGCAUACAUGUGUAUUUUAUGAGUGAAAAAGCUAAAUUUUAGAACAUAGAUGGAGAAUAUCCCUUGUAAUAUCCUUUGUAUAUUCUCCAUCUUGUCCUAUGUUCUAAAACGAUUCAGUUUGAGUUAAUAUUAUGACAAAAACUGUAAUAGUGAAGAGCUGGUUAUAAACAAUAAACAAAUAAAAAAUGAAUGAACACAGUAGUGUGGCAAUA